AUGGUGUUCCUCGGUAUAUAUCGCGCCCUCUACGACUACAACCCGCAGAGCAGCGGCGAGCUCGAGAUAAAGGAAGGCGAUUUGUUGUUCGUGCUGGAGAAAAGCACCGAUGAUGAUUGGUGGAGGGCAAAAAAGAAGGCCCAGAACGAAGAUGAGGAAGAGCCCGAGGGCUUGAUUCCCAACAACUACGUCGAGGAGGCGACGCCCUUGACCAGAGCGAGAGCUCUCUACGACUACGCCCGACAAACUGACGAGGAGCUCUCAUUCACAGAAGAUGCCAUGCUCGACGUAUACGACACUUCAGACCCGGAUUGGACGCUGGUAGGCCUGGCUGGAGAGUACGGGUUUGCGCCAGCCAACUACAUCGAGGCGUCGAACACAGCAGCCGCUCCCGCAAUGCCGGCGCGACCACGAGCUGUCGAAGCAGAGCCUGAGCCUGAGGCUGAUCGGUAUUCGCCGCCGACACCGGACUCGCCAGCAAGCCCCCCGCCAAAUCCCGCCGCAGCAGUAGCCGCCAUCAUCCAGCAGAAGACGGGACAGCGCUCGGCGAGCUCAGGUCGGGCCAUUGCAUCUCCGCCGCCAACACUCAGCCUGCCACCUCGGCAGCCGCAGUACACACCUGAAGAGUCUGAUGAAGAGCCACCGCCAGCGAUGCCGCAGCGGCCGGUAUCCCAGCAACUCUCACCGCCGAUAACGCAAUAUGCAACCCGCCGCUCACCAUCCCCUCCCGGCGGCUUCAUGCCUACCCCGAGUCCGCGCGAUUAUUCUGACGACCGCGAGCUCCAAUCCCCGACCGGCUUCCACCUCUACAAUAUCCAUGAGAUGAUCUCACAUAUGGGCAAGAACAAGAAGAUGCCCAUGACGCUCGGUAUCAAUAUCGCGAAGGGUCUGAUCACGAUCUCCCCAGAGAAGUCGCGAGAUGGACCGACGAAGGAAUGGACGGCAGAUAAGCUGACGCACUAUUCCAUCGAGGGGAAGCACGUUUUCAUGGAGCUUGUGCGGCCGAGCAAGAGCGCGGAUUUCCAUGCCGGCGCUAAGGAUACGGCCAUGGAGAUUGUCAGCGCACUGGGAGAGCUGGCUGGCGCGGCAAGGGCUGAGGGGUUGAGGGAGGUUAUUGCUGCCAGCACUGGAGGUGGGCAAAAGAAGGGGAAGAUGCUGUAUGAGUUCAUGGCACAGGGCGAUGAUGAAGUCACCGUUGCUGUGGAUGACGAGGUCAUUGUACUGGACGACACGAAGAGCGACGAGUGGUGGAUGGUAAGAAGGUUGAAGAACGGGAGAGAGGGCGUCGUGCCGAGCAGCUACGUGGAGGUUACGGGAGUGAUAGAACCACAGUCAGACAGUAUGAGGGGCCUCAACGCAGCCAGAUCGACGGUCGAGCAAAACAGGCUCGAGGAGGAAAGGCUAGCCAGGCAGGCAUCGCGGGCGAGCAAGAAGAAGGAAGACAAGCAGGCUGAGGUAGGCCCUGGCUUCCAGCUGCCUGAGCGUACUUCUUCGAGAGCGCAGGAAGAAAUUGACACGAGGCGCACUUCACAGAGAGGAAAGCGCGAAAGCAAAGACGCGAAAGCGCCAACGACUUCGAAGCCAAGUGAGUACAAAGGGUUCCGUGAGGUUGCAGAGGUGUUGACUUGCGAAGAACCAGACAAAUCCCGGAUACGCACAUGGACCGAUCGAACGGGAUCUUUCAAGGUCGAGGCUGAGUUCAUUGGUUUGAAGGAUGGUAAGAUUCACCUGCACAAGCUCAACGGUGUCAAGAUUGCGGUGCCAGUUCCCAAGAUGUCUAUUGAAGAUCUCGAAUACGUUGAACGUGCAACCGGCGUAUCUCUAGACGAAGACAAGCCACUAUCAGAUAUCAAGCGAAGAAGUACACAGCGAGCGAAGGAUAAGGCGAGGGAUGCUUCCGCUAGCUCACGUCCCAAAGCCGGUGCUACCAUUGAGCAGCCAAAGAAACCAGACUACGACUGGUUCGAUUUCUUCCUCGCGUGUGGCAUCAAUCCGCAAAUCUGCGAACGGUAUGCAUCUGCCUUUGCGAGGGACCAGAUGGGCGAGGAGAACCUGCCGGAUAUCACUGAAAAGACGCUGAGGGUGCUUGGAUUGAAGGAAGGCGAUAUCUUGAGAGUCCUGAAACAUAUUGACACCAAGUUCGGCCGGAACGCUGCCACUCAGAAACGAGGUGUGAGCUUUGGGGAUACUACGACGAUACAAGAGGGUGAGGGGAUUGAUGCCGCCAACGGCACUGCGGGUGGUCUGUUCUCUGGUCCUGGUGGAGCGCUGAAGAACAAUACCAGAAAAGGUCGGCCAGCGCCUCCUGUCCAGACGAGCGACGUCGUGGAUCCGAAGGCCUUUGAGCAAACAACCGACAGUUCUCCAAAUAAGAGGCUACCGGCCGAAGCAGCGGCGACGCCCCUCGCCACGGCACCCAAGAGGGGACCCGCCUUAUCGGGCUUCGACGACGAUGCAUGGGAGAACAAGCCUACAAAGUCUGCCACUGGUCCUCCACCAGCACAAGCACCAGCACCGGCCGCAGCACCUACGUUGCCACCUGAUUUGGCAGGCUUAGAUCUGCUCACGCCACCCUUACAACCUACUCCGGCGCCGGUGCCCACGUCUCAAACCCAGAUCGCACCAGCUGCAGCGCCGCCCACUUCGCAACAGCAGCCUGCUCAAACAGGAGCUACACCUUCAUUGUUUGAACAGCUCGCGAACUCACCCGCCAAUCUCCAGCAGCAGCAGUCCGCAGCUCCAAGACAAAGACCGCAAGCACCGCAGCAGCUGCAACCGCAGGCAGGCCUCAUCGCACCUCCGCCUCAACGUGCAGCGUCUGCGCCGCAAAACUUUCCGCAGAGCCAGUUCGCACCUCCACCUCUGCAGCCGCAACUCACGGGAUAUCAGAGUCCUGGGCAAUUGCAGGCUCGGCCGGCGCCGAUGGGCCAGAGUAUGCAGGAACAGUUGAAUCAACAGCGAAUGCCGCAGCAGUUCGCAGCACAGCAGAUGCCGCCUCAAGCCACGGGGUUUCCCCAGCAGUUCCCCGGUCAGUUCGCCAACGGUAUCAUGCCCCAACCCACUGGCUUCCAACAGUUCGGGCAGCCGCCACAAGGGUUCCAGCAACCGCAGCCAACAGGCUUCCAAAACCCGGCUUUCCAGCAACAGCUUCUCGCAGGGCAGCAGAGCGGCUCUCCCUUCGCCGAUCCGCCAACUCGACCUUUCCAGCCUCAGGCCACGGGUUUCCAGCCACAACCCACAGGCUUUCAGCAGCAGAGUUUCACGUCCCAGCCCAUGCAGCCGCAGCAAACAGGCAUCAACGCGUUCCUGCCUCCCCCGCUGCAGCCGCAAAGGACAGGCUUCCCGCCACAGCCGACAGGGUUCCAGCCACAGCAGACAGGAUUUGGACAGCCGCCCUCAACGCUCAGCGCGCCGCCAUUGCCACCGAUGCCGCCGAUGCCUCAACAGACGCUGGCGCCGUUGGUGCCACAGAAGACGGGACCGCCUCCACCGGUCAGAUUUGGAGUCGCGGGAGGAGCGAACAAGCUGGUGCCGCAGCCGACGGGGCGGAGGGCGAACUUGAGCCAAGCUACUCCGCAGAAUCCGUUCGGUUUCUAG